GCCGAAACGGGUUAGUGUCGUGACGUAAUAGCAGCUCGGCCCAAACAUUCUCGCACGUCGGCGCGCACUGCGCAGAUAUACGGCAGCCAUUACGGUGCUUUUGACCAGCAGCAACUUGUCGCGCAAAUACAUGCAUGCCUAUGAUUUAUUAGUUUGCUUGAAGUAGCGCGAGGUUCUACUGUCCCAUCAAAGCUUCUCAGAUCAGCGAUUGAUCAACUCUGACGCUAACUCAUCACCCCACGUAUACAUACUCAGCCAUCAGGAGCCAUGCCGAACCCUACAGAUAUUCCGUCCUUUGCCGCGUCGCAGCUCACGCUUCUCGAUGCCGAGCUUCAAGCCGAGCUCUCCGAAACAAACGCGCUUCUCUCGUCACACACGCCUACCGCCCUCUCACGCGCCGGUCUCGCGAUCCUGAACCUUAAUAUAUCUUCUAUACGGACAGGGCUGGGCGGCAAGACCGUGGUCGAGCUGGGAUUAGAUUCGGCAGUCGUGGCUAAAGGCGAGAAGCCGGACAUCCCAGAACACGGCAUACGUGUGGGCGAUAUAGUCGCGGUUCAAGACCAGCCCAGCGGGAGCGCGAAGAAGACGGAAAAGAAGGAGCUGGAGAAGAAGGGCGCCUCGGGCGUUGUUUUGAGGGUGCGCAGGGAGAAUGUGGAAAUAGUGCUAGACAAAGAGGACGCAGAUGUGCCAACUGGCGGCAAGCUAUGGAUGUUAGUCUUCAUAUUGUGGAAGGCUAUGUUGGGUACAGUGAGGCUGAUAUAUGUACUAGAGUCAAAUUGGCGAACGACGUCACCUACAAGAGGUACGUCUUUGCCGAAUGCAUGGUUUGCAUUUCUACCUGAACUUAUACAUGAUAGGAUGAACCAAACGAUGAAUAGGCUACAAAAGCUCGGAGACCAAGAGUACACACCCUUCAUGCGCGUGCUCUUUGGACAGGCAUCGCCUACUCCCCUGCCUUCAGACCUGAACGACCCAUCAAAUCCUCUCCACAAGCUCGAGUGGAACGAUCCAUCUCUCAACGAUAGCCAACAAGAGGCCAUCAGAUUUGCGCUAGCCUCACGAGAGGUUGCGCUGAUUCAUGGCCCCCCAGGCACAGGCAAGACGCACACUCUGAUUGAGCUUAUUCUCCAAUUACUCAAGCAGAAACUUCGCCUGCUGGUAUGCGGACCAUCGAACAUAUCUGUAGAUAAUAUUGUCGAGCGUCUAGCCUCUCACAAGGUCCCCAUGGUGCGCCUCGGGCAUCCAGCACGCCUGUUACCAUCUGUUUUGAACCACUCGCUCGACGUGCUCACACGCACGUCAGAAGCAGCCGCCUUAGUUCAGGACGUUCGUAAAGAAAUGGAUGACAAACAAUCUUCUAUCCGUAAGACACGCAACGCCAAAGAGCGCCGUCAGAUCUACACUGAGCUGAAAGAACUCCGACAAGAGUACAGAGAGCGAGAGAAGGGAUGUGUAAACAAUCUAGUAACUGGCAGUAAGGUCGUUCUUGCGACGCUGCAUGGCGCUGGUGGCUUCCAUCUAAAAGGUCAGGAGUUCGACGUCGUCAUCGUAGAUGAGGCCAGUCAGGCUUUGGAGGCACAAUGCUGGGUGCCUCUAUUGUGGGUUAAGGCAAGUAAGCUGGUGUUGGCAGGCGACCACCUCCAAUUACCACCCACUAUCAAGUCUCUCAACUCGAAACAAACGAAAGCGGUCAAGAAGGAAGCCAAUAAGAGUACUGAUAGCGCGGAGAACCUCGCUGGCAAGCUGAUCACCGGCAUGACACUCGAAACGACUCUUUUCGACAGGCUGCUUUCUCUGCAUGGCCCGUCGAUCAAGCGGAUGCUAACGACGCAGUAUCGCAUGCAUGAGAAGAUAAUGCGGUUUCCAUCGGACGAACUAUACGAUUCGAAACUUGUAGCAGCAGACUUUGUCAAGGACCGUCUACUGCGGGACAUGAAGUACGAUGUCGAAGAAACUGAAGAUACACAAGAGCCGCUGGUUUUCUGGGACACUCAAGGCGGUGACUUCUCGGAGAAGAUCGAGGACGAGGGUGUGAUAGGCAAGGGCGGGAAAGGCAUGAGUCUUGGCGAUAGCAAAUCUAAUGAAGCAGAAGCGGCGUUGGUAAAGAUGCACGUCGCGAAUCUGAUCAAAGCCGGCGUUAAAGCGGAAGACAUCGCAGUUGUUACGCCAUACAAUGCACAGCUCGCAUUGCUUGCUGGAAUGCUCAAAGAGGCGUAUCCUGGUAUCGAACUAGGGUCUGUGGAUGGCUUCCAAGGCCGCGAGAAGGAGGCUGUCAUUGUCAGCACGGUACGCAGCAACCCAGAGCAUGAGGUCGGCUUCUUGGGCGAGAAGAGACGGCUCAAUGGUACGUCAGCUCCUACUCCCCCGACUCGCCGCAAUAUCUACGCAUGAACACGUGGCUGCAGGUGCUAAUGAAGGGCGCAGUUGCAAUGACACGCCCAAAGCG